CUUCCCUGGGAACGAGAGAUGGCGCUUUCCCUUUAACUUUUCCCUUCAGUGUGAAUGUUUCAUUUUUUUUCAGUGGAUUUUUAGAGUAGAUACUCGGUCAUCUAUGGCUGGCUAUAUCGAACGCGAUGAAUGCUGUCUGUUUGUUGGAAACCUUGACUCACGAGUCACAGAGGAAAUACUAUGGGAACUCUUCUUGCAGGCUGCUCCUUUAAAUGCUGUCCAUAUUCCUAAAGAUAAAGAAACAGGAAGAAAUAAAACCUUUGGUUUUGUCAGUUUAUCAGAUGUAGUCUCUGUACCCUUCACCAUCAGUCUGUUGAAUGGUAUCACAUUAUAUGGCAAACCAAUAACAGUUAAACAAGCUCAAGGGAAUACAAACUCUCCAUUAAAUCAAAGUGUAUCAAAUUCUGGUUAUGGAAUUUUGCCACCUAGAAUGUCUCCAUUUGAAAAUCAAAAUGGACAACUGAACAUGUUUUCAAGAUCAGGAAGUCAAAGUCCAAUGUCAGAUCUUUCACCAUUCAAUAGACAGCCAUUUUUUGACCAUCAUAACAGACAGAUGAGUGCGCAGUCCAGUCCAAUUCCUUUGAUAUCAUCACCUUCUCCUGUCAGAAGUGAUAUUGAAAGUAAUUCCAUGAAUUCUUAUACCCAGCCAAGAGGUCCAUGGGAUAUGAUGUCCCCAUGGCAACAGAAUGCAACAAGAAAUCAAAACUUUGGAAACUAUGGAUACCAUUCAACUCCUUCACAAGGCUCAGCUUACAGCCAGGGAACACCCCACGCACAAGGACGAUGGAGAAGAUGAUAAGUAGAGAGAGAUAGUCUAGUGUGAGAAUUCAAAUUCAACAUUUUUUUUAUUUCCAUGGAACUGAUAAUAAUUUUAAACCAUCAAUCACUUGUGCAUUUAACAUUUCUGAGGAAAAUCGUAUAAAAUUCAUUCUGUGUAGGAAAGUGUCAAGCCAGCAGGCCCUAACCCCAGGAAUGGCUGGCAGUAUGACCAGUUUAACGCUUUAACUUCCAUAAGUGACCAAGACGGAAUUUCUCCUUGAAAAAUCAAUACACAUUCUAGCAGAGAAGUGACGAAAAUAAAGAAAAAUAACCAUUA